CGCCGCCCCCGUCGCCGCCCAGCGCAGCUCCGCCGCCUCCCUCCCCGCCCCACCCCGGUUUCCUACUCGUAACUGCAUCCAUGUCAGAAUCACGGUACCAAUUAGCACGCGCCCAGUUCAAUGGGGUCAACAAGUUCAUCGCGUGUCAGCUUUCCACAGAAUCUAGUCCGUUGAUAGCCCUAUCAAACUACUUCAACCUAACAGUAGGCCCAGAAUGCAAGGACUUCCCUCCCUUUGCGGAAGAGAGUAUGCUCAGUAAACCCAUAAUGACAGCACUAGAGUAUACUGUGUCACACUAUGCCAAACAUAAUAUUAGUGUCCCUGGUUUCCUCAACAAAGAACGUUUGCUGCAAAUUGUGCCUUCACUGGCAAAAGGGCUUCAUCUGAUUCCAGGAUGCCGAAGGUGUCAAGAUUUCAUAGCAUGUGAUGAGCUCUACUUGUUUUAUGUUCUUAAUAUUAAAGUCAUACAUGGUUGGGUGUGUGAUCCGAAUGACAAAGAGUUCUUCAGUGUUCUUGGCAAUUGCUCUCGUAGUACCCUGCUGAAAUCAAUUAGUCGGCCGGGAGGACUUGCGAAACUUGUAGAAGGCACCAGUAAUCCGUCAUCUUUGAGUAAAAAGAUUCAGAAGUUUGCUGAAUCAGGCCUAACAAAAUAUGGGUUGCGCAUCUUACACGAAGAAAUAGGCGAGCGUCAACUCGCAAUAAUUUGCAUCAAUGAUCAGUUUGACGUUAUCUAUAAGUGCUCUGGUGAUCUGUUUGUACUAGAAACAGAUGGGCACGUUCUGACAAAAUUUGGAGAAGCCCUGUGGAAAAGGUUGACGCUGACGGAAGAAGAGAGCUUCUAUGUUACCAUGCAUUUUGAUCCAGUCAAGGGGCAAAAAAAUAUCCACAAGGCUACUGAGUGGUUGGAAAGGAAGCUGUCAGAUGUGGAUGAUUGUGGUGACAAAGGAAAAGAACAAGCCUCCAAGAAAGGAAGAGAUAGAAGUUCCCAAGUCAGCAACGUCGGCAUCUGGGGAGAUAAAGCAAAAGGAAGAGGCUCCUGAGCCAGAAACAUCUGGAUACGAUCCUUCUGUUUCUCAUGUGUCCCCACCUGAGAAAGAAGACGAAGAUGCUAAGCCACCAACAAUUGCUGACCGUUUUCUCAAGUUUCUGUCAGAGUAAGCUUCACUCUAGAGUUCUGCUAAAAAUAAAUAAAUCACUAGGAUUUUUACUUAAUUUUGAAUAGCCAGGUUUCGAGCAUGAAUUAUAUCCAUAUUAGAACCUUUUUAUAUAAUAUACAAAUGUUUCAUUGGGACCAGCACAGAUGUUCUGGUAAAAGUGUGUAUUAGUAAACGCCAGGCGUUGGUAGAGGUAUUUUGUAAUAAUUAUUGACCUCCAUAAAUCUUAUGUGUACCGUGUUAAAAAAUAGCAGCAGGAGGAACCUGGUGGACAGGGGGAGUUUUGAUUUU